AUGAGGUUAUUGUCGUUUUUCUGCGCUUUGGUUGCGUUUCUUCCCUUCUCCCAUGUUGCAGCCUCUAUCAAAUUGAUUGAAUCGAAGUCCCUCGUCCCCUGCCAGGAUAAUUCCAACUUUACCGCCACACUUUUUAGUGUCCUUUUUACCCCACACAACAACUCUUUGAGGGUUGAGGUGGUUGGUGUAUCCUCCAUCGCUGGUAAUGUUACUGCCCAAGUGGAAUUGAUCGCCUAUGGCUUCACUGCACUCAAGCAAGUCAUCGACCCGUGCAAGCUGAAAAAUAAUGCCGUGUGUCCGAUGACCAAGGGGCCGAUCAAUCUGGAGACUAAUUAUAACAAUCUCCCUUCUGAUGUGGUCAAUAGAGUACCAGGCGUUGCGUAUGGCGUUCCAGACCUUGACUUGAAAGUCAGAAUCUAUGUAAACUCAACGAAUUCGAGGACCAGUAUCGCCUGUGUUGAGGCUGCGCUUUCCAAUGGAAAAACUGUUUAUCAUCGAACCGUCGCUUGGAUUGUGGCUGUUAUCGCUGGCUUAGGUCUAGUCACAUCCGCUGUCACCUCUGGAUUGGGUCACUCGAAUACCGCGGCGCAUGUUGCUGCUAAUGCACUUUCUUUGUUUGGAUUUUUCCAGGCUCAGGCUAUGAUUGGAAUGUCUAGCGUGAAGAUGCCUCCGAUUGUACAAUCUUGGACGCAAAAUUUCCAGUGGAGUAUGGGUAUCAUUCGUGUGGGUUUUAUUCAGCGACUUGCUACGUGGUAUCAACGUGCAACGGGUGGACAGCCUUCCACCGUUUUACAGUCACUCUCGAACACAUCGGUUCAAGUAUUGAGAAAGAGAUCACCUGAAAUACUCCAUGAGCUUGUUACCCGAGCAGCUAUGCAGCUCGUUAAGCGCACAAACAGAGACGACGGCGUGAGCGAAAAUAGUGCAACAACAGUCGUUCGGGGUAUCGAAAGAGUUGGCUUCCGGGCUCGUAUUGAACGCACUAAUAUCUUCAUGACCGGCUUGAUUUUUUUCGUCAUUUUUGUCGCUAUUGUUAUGGGCCUCGUGGCAGCAUUUAAAGGUGUCUGUGAACUCCUUGCCAAAGCUGGAAGAAUGAAGAGCGAAAAAUUCCAGGAUUUCCGACAUGGGUGGCGUAUUGUGAUGAGAGGUAUCUUAUUUCGGCUGACAUUGAUCGGCUUCCCACAGAUGUGUAUUUUAUGCCUCUGGGAGAUGAUGCAUAAAGAUUCUCCUGCAGAAGUUGUUCUUGCUGUUGUGAUGGUCCUUGCUGUGGUUGCUUCUCUUGCCUGGGCAGCAUGGAAAGUCAUUCGCCUAGCUAAAAAAUCAGUGCUCAUGCAUAAGAACCCAGCAUACAUCCUCUACUCAGAUCCGUCUGCUCUCAACAAAUGGGGUUUCCUCUACAUUCAAUAUCGGGCUACAGCAUACUACUUUGUUGUUCCCGUUCUGGUCUACCUUUUUGUUAAAGCUAUGUUCAUUGCAUUAGCACAAAAUGCUCCCAGAGUCCAAGCGUUUGGCCUGUUCUUUAUUGAAUUGGCAAUGCUUAUCGGAGUGUCCGUUUUCCGCCCUUGGAUGGACAAGAAGACUAAUAUUUUCAACAUUUCUAUCGCUGCGGUCAACUUUUUCAAUGUCCUUCUGUUACUCUUUUUCACUGAGAUCUUCCGACAACCGGGUCUUGUAACUGGUGUCAUGGGCGUUGUCUUCUUCAUCACUAAUGUGGCGUUCGCCCUAAUACUUCUUAUUCUUGUUCUCAUUGCCUCAAUCUACGCCGUUGUAUCAAAGAACCCGGAUACGCGUUACCAACCCAUGAGGGAUGAUCGUGGCUCCUUCAUUAAAUCUCAAACCCAACUGACAACUGAAUUGGAUGCCCUUGGUGCGACAGCACGCGGCGAAGGAAAAGGGUAUAUGGAUGACGAUACUUCAUUCUCGAAUCAGUCUUUAAAUCGCAGCCACAAUGACUCCGUCAAGAACGGCGUUUCUGGUAUUGCUACCGGCCAGCAGGGUGCCCGACAACCGCCUCACUCCCCAGUGGACACAUCUGUUCCACUUUUCCCUAUGGGGGAGCAAGGCCAAGGCCAACUCUCUCCAUCCAACAUACCACCAACUCAUGAUCCCCGUGGAAUGUAUCACAACAACAAUGCUAGCACUCAUAGUGGAGACUUUUACGGCCGAUCUCAGAAUACGUCACCGGUGCCUAGAGCAUACACAGGCUCACCGUUUGGCAGAGAUGGGUCCGCAGCCCCAAAUCCCCAUCAAUACCGCAUGCAAAACAAUGGAAGCCCCUGGCAAAGAGGUGCUGGUUAUGAGCGUUAA